AUGACAACGAAAGAAACCAGAGGUUCAUGUAACAUGAAAACCAUUUUAUUGGAUGCUUAUUUGCUCAGCAGUAAUAGGCUGCAGAAAAUAAUUGACAAAGUGGGAAUUUUGAAUUGUUGUGCAAGAUUUUGGGUUGUACAAGAAACUUUUACCAGUUUAGGGACGAAGAAACUUCCACAGAAAACUUUAAAAGGAACAAGUACAAGUGGAAAUUCUUUCAAUCCAUUGAAAGAUGUUAUUAAAAAUUUCUAUGAAUUCAAUUUCUUCGCAUUCUAUUCACAAAGUCCUAUUAAACAUGUUGAAAUUUAUGCAUAA